CCAGUCAGUCUCCCUCUCAGUGUGCCGGUGGCUGGCGUAGUGGACGGAAGGUGCUUCACUCUCGCUCUCUGUUCGCUUGACGAGUGAUAGUUGUAGUAUUGCUGCGGCUGCCUCACUCACUGACAUAUACCUCCCGAAGGCUUCCUCCUCCUUCUGUCUCACCGCUGCCUGGGGACUCUGAUCAUUCGCGUUACUUAUUCUGCUUGUCAUACCUGGUGGCGGACGAUUGAAUCCAGACAGACUCGGCCGUUGUUGACUUGUGGAGCUGCAACCGCACCCAAGACCCCCUCCACCACCACCACCACCUACGCGGCUUCCCUAUCCCCACCCUCUCCCUUGUCCCUUCACCCCCACGCCCAUGAUCACACGUCCUCUCUCUCACGCACUUUGCUGCCUCUCUAACUUCUUUCCUGGUGUAGUGAAGUUAGGCACGUAAUUGACUUGCCUUCUCUUCGUCCUCCCUCUCCUACUUCUCUUCCUCCUCCCCCUCCCCAAAGUGCCAAGCCGGGUGCCAGAGUAUGGGGAGUGCCCGCUAGUGCUGUCCUUUCUCGCUACAGGAUCGGCUCGUGUCAUCUCGUCCUCGUCCUCCUCCCUGCUGUAUAGUCAUCACUUAGGAUGAGGGGGAGUUUAUUGUGGGUGUUGGGUGUCGUGUUGUCUGUGGUGGGCGUCGAGUGCCUGGAGAAUGGCCUGGCCCGCACCCCGCCCAUGGGCUGGUUGGCGUGGCAGCGGUUCAGGUGCAACACUGACUGCGUCAAUGACCCACACAACUGCAUCAGUGAGUCCCUGUUCAUGCAAAUGGCAGACAUCCUAGUGCACGAAGGCUACAGUGACGCUGGCUACAACUUAAUCUCCCUCGACGACUGCUGGAUGGCCCGGGACCGUGACUCCCGCGGUCGCCUUCAGCCAGACCCUCACCGUUUCCCCUCGGGCAUAGCAGCACUGAGUGAAUAUAUGCACAAGCGAGGCCUGAAGUUUGGAAUUUAUGAAGACUAUGGCAACUACACCUGUGCUGGGUACCCUGGCAUCCUGGGGCACCUGCAGACCGAUGCUCUCACCUUUGCUGACUGGGGGGUGGACUACGUGAAGCUGGACGGCUGCUACUCUCACCCCACAGAUAUGGACCGAGGUUAUCCUGAAUUUGGUUAUUUUAUGAACAAGACUGGGAGACCAAUGGUGUUCUCAUGUUCUUGGCCCUUCUACCAGAUCCACUCUCGUAUGCAGCCAAACUACACAGCAAUUAUCAACACAUGCAACCUGUGGAGAAACUUUGAUGACAUCCAGGACUCCUGGGAAUCAGUUCAGCGAAUCAUUGACUAUUACGGGGACAAUCAGGAUGACAUAGUUCCCAAUGCUGGCCCAGGACACUGGAAUGAUCCUGACAUGCUGAUCAUAGGAAACUUUGGACUGAGUUAUGAACAGUCCAAGUCCCAAAUGGCCAUGUGGACGAUAUUUGCAGCUCCUCUACUGAUGUCAGUGGACCUGAGAACAAUCCGGCCAGAGUAUAAGGCCAUCCUGCAGAACAAAGCAGUUAUUGCUGUGAACCAAGACCCACUUGGCCUGCAGGGCAAACGAAUCUAUAAGGAUAAAGGAAUUGAGAUUUGGGCCCGUCCCAUCACCCCAAUUUCUGGCAUCCAUUAUUCCUACGCCAUUGCUUUUCUCAACCGGCGGACUGAUGGAACACCCUCAGAGAUUUCUGUUACACUGAGGGAGCUUGGUCUUGCUAGCCCAGAGGGAUAUGCAAUCACGGACCUCUUUGACGGUGUUCACUACGGCACUGUCCUCCCGGACAAACGGUUCAAGGUGGACGUCAACCCAUCAGGAGUGGUGCUGGUGAGGUGCGAGGUGGCCAAGCACGGUGGGAGAACAAACUUCAGACAACCACCAAGCCAGAGCACCUUCAGGAACCCCUUCCAUAAUAACAACCUAUUUAAUUUUGGUUAAGGGCAUCAUUGAAUUCAUCUAUCAUAGUACCUUUUCAUAUUGCAUUGUUUACAAAGGUAAUUGUAAGGUGUCAAUUUUAUUUAGUAAUUGGUAAGAGACUAACCUUUGUAAGUCAUGAAAUGACUAACCUUUGUAAGUCAUGAAAUGUGCCAGUUCAUUAUUUUCAUCUUCCUGCUUUUAAGUUCUGUUAAAAUAGACAUUUUUUAUCAUCAGUUAUGGAGAGGUGUCAUUUUUAUAGUUUAUGACAAGAAAAAUACGGAGAGGGUACUUUGGUUCCAUUACCAGCUAAUCUGGGAAUGUAUGAAAACCACUUAGUGUGACGUAUAGAAUGCUUCUUUUCAUGUUUUUUAAACACUACAUUCCAGGUUCGACAAUGAUCAUAUCCGAGUACUUUGCAUAGUGAUGUAGUGUUAGCGUGAAUUUUAACAAGUGAUCCUUGCAACCUACAUCACUCUCAAGGAAUUUGAUUUGGUGCAUCGUAAGAUACUUGUAGAUUUCAAGUGACUUGUAGGAUUCCUAUAAGGAUUGAUGGUCCUGUGCCUGUACUCAGGAACUUAGAGUGCUGCAAAGUGUGUGCUGGGGGUGGAGUGGUAUCCAACUCUGUUCAUAUGAACAUGAGAGUGGGACAGGGCUGUGACCCUGUGCCAUCACCUUUUAGCAUUUGCAUGGACUGGGUAUAAGGCAGACCAAAGUCAUUGACCUUGUUUUUGCUGGUGGCUCCUGAAGUACCACCACCAUUGAGACUAAGGGCUCCUGGGCCAGUUUGGAGGCUUACUUGAUGAACCAAUACAUUUUCUUAAUGUGUGUGGCAAGGACAUUGAAAUCUUGGAAAAUUUCACAUACCUAGGUAGUGUAGGGCAGAAUAAAGGCAGGUCAUGUCAAGAAGACUACCAAGAAAUUAGCUCACUCACUCAUUCAACAUGGUACAGUGAAUACCUAAGUAGAAGGACAAAGAUUGCGAUUGCCCAGUCAGUUGUGCUCUUACUCUAUAGCUGGGAGACAAACAAAAUAUUGACUUGAAGCAUAUUGAUGCUUUUGGUAAUAUGUGCCUUUUGGGCAUGUGGAACGCUACCCAGAAGCCGACCCUGUCUGGUUGUUUCUGUAAGGGACAACCUUUAAUGAAGAGGUCAAGGGGGCACCUAUUGUAGUGCGGCGACUAGGCCUGACAAGGGAGCCUCCCAUAACCCACUUGGCGAGUGGGGUACUUCUUUGGCUGACUCGGUAAGGAGUGGCUCUCCUGUCACGCUGGUCGUGGGUUCUCAAUCCCAGGCAGCCGGCGAAUACCCUCUCCUUGUCUUGAUUAAAUUCUUAUGUGUUUUGGUACACGCAGAGGACGUGUGGGGCCGAGAGAAUAGUAGAAAAGAGAAAAUCACUGGAUCUUGUUGGGAGAUACUUGGUAUCAGAAAGGUGCCUGCAUGAAAACUUGCUUGGAGGAAUCCUUGGGAAUAGAAAUGUAGGGUAGGUGAGGCAAUGCAUACCCCGGUGUAUGCUGCCAUUUAUUGAUUGUGACAGUCUAGACUAUGUGCAAUAUACUCUUAAGUUACUUAGUACCCCAAAGAAUCAUCAGCACAUUGUAAGUCAGCAUUUGCUUUUAGUUGCAGAAAAGGCUUAUAAACAUUCCAGACUUAAAUACUUAAAAGUUAAACUGCAUUUACAAAGUACAGUACCUCUCGAGUUUCGCGGUAUCCGAGUUUUGCGGUUAGUCCUAAAUUCUUAUCACCCCGAGUUUCGCGCUGCUUUGACACGUACGGGUCACGUCUACUUACCAUCCGCGUCACGCACGCUACCUUUAAAGGUAGCAGUAUCACACUGGACGUUUUCCUCCAAACUUUGUGGAGAGAGGCUCAUAACGAACCACACACACAGUCGUUUUGAAGCCGCAGUUGAAGGCGGCUACCUUACGAUUGGCUGGCAGUUAUGAAAACUCGCUUGUGAUUCACUGGGAGUUUGAUGACGUCAUCGCCGACGCUCACCCUAUCAGCGGCUUCACUGCAUUAAGGCGGUGUCACAAUGGCCGUUUUCGUCCAACCGUUGGGGCUAUGGGCAACGCCUGUAUGCCCAACCGGGAGCGAGUUCACGGUUAUCCGUAAGCUGGUAUCACACAGGGCUUUUUUUCUUCCCACCAUGUUGGCACCAGCUAGGCCAAUUGGCAAAUCCAACUUUUCCUGGUGUGCGUCACACACGGCCAAGGUUGGUUACCCGUAUCCACAUCCACAACAUAAACAAAGCACAUGCCCUGUUUCAACAUGGCGUCGUCUGCUAAAGUAAGGGCUGUCGCGGCUUGUGCUGCCAUUACCCAAGUGCAUGUGGAUACGGGCAACCGACCUUGGCCGUGUGUGACGCACACCCGGAAUAGUGGGAUUUGGCGGUUGCCCAAGCUGCCGCCAACGCGGUGGGAAGAAUAAGGCCCAAUGUGACACCAGGUUACGGACAAUCGACAACUCACUCCUGGAUGGGCGCACAGGCGUUGACAAUAGCCACAACGGAUAGAGGAAAACGGCCAGUGUGGCCUUAAGGCAGUGAGGCCGCUGACUUGGUGAGCGCCGGCGAUGACGUCAUCGGACUCCCAGCAAAUCACAAGCGUGUUUUCAGAGCUCAGCCAAUCGUAAGGCUUCAUCUGUGUCUUUAAAACGACCUGUUCUCUCUUCCUAUUUUCUUCCAAGGUACGUAUUUUGAGAUAACAAGGGAGUAAAGGAGGAAAAAAGUGAGCUCCGAGGGGCAGCAUGAGCCAAUUAUAAUGACGCCACUAUAAACAGUUACCUGCGCCAUGACGGGCUUGGGGCCGACCAUCAGGCCCAGAUGGAUAGUCUACCGGCACCAUAGCCUACAUGAAAAAAAAAAAAAAAUCUCCACGGGUCGGAACAGAUGAGCGCUUUUUCAGUGUUAUCAGUACCUCAAGUUUAGUGUUAUACCUUCGGAAUGAAGCGAGCGUGAAACUUGAGAGGGUACUGUACAGGCAACCAUCACAAUAAGACAGAUUGUUGUGUGAUUGGCUCUACUCAAACUUUCCCCAAAAAAGAAAAAUUUAGAUGACCCCCGAUGAUCUGUCUUUCCUUUGUUUGAUGAUGUUUACUAAAAUCUUAAUCAUACAUUUUAGUAUGUCAUUGAAGAAGUUAGUGUAACACUAUCUUUCAGGUCUGUCAUACACACUCUAAGGGAUACUGAAAAUGCCACCCCUCCCUGUAACCCUUCCUAGUGUACAUUUCAUCCAUUCCUGCACAAACUGAAUGUCAAAUACUUCAACUAAAAUCAAACUUAUUCCUACCAUCACACCUUGUACUGAGUAAGUCUUUGAUAUCCAACCUCCCUCUCUUGAAAUCAUCUCCUUUCUCUACUAUUCCUUCUUCCAGCUACAUCAAAACAUGCAGUACACAUCACCUCUUAUUUUCCCAUUCUCUGGAUCCAUUCGACGAUUCUCCUUGCCAGUAGCCAGUUUUGUCUUUUCUUCUGGAGGGGUCACUGACAGCUUGCUAGGCUGCCACACUACUCUUUCUUGUUGGGAUGUGAGCCUUCAUUCUGUUCAGCAAAUGGAAAACUCAAAAUAAAAGGAACAUCUAAAAUACAAUCAUGCACACACAGGAGUUUAAAAGUUAUUAAGGAUGAUAUUUCUUGAAUAUGGAUACACGUUAAAAGUAUAUCAGUGGCUUGUAGAAAUGGAGUUUCAACACCAAACAGUACAUACAAUUAUAAAACUUGUCAAUGGGCUGCACAACCAUGUGUUUUUAACUGAGGAGAAAUGUAAAUAUAAAUACUUACGUGAUAAAGCUGCUUAUAAGAACUGACAACAAGAAUGAGGAGAGUUAGAUGCCAUGUCUCAUAAGUUAAUAUUUAUAAUUUGGCAAUUAUCUAGGUCUAGGAAUGCAUUUAGAUAUGACUUGUAUAUUUUGUUACAGUCAGAUUAUAAUAAAAAUAUCUUGAAAAUA